UGCUUUCGAGCAAUCACUCCGCUUCUGAUCAGUCAUCAAGGAUACAUUCAAGAAUUAGUAUAUGAGUCGCCAACUUUCUCCUCCUAUCACGUGAGAUCUCAAAGUUGAGAGUUUAGAUUUCUUGAAGCCACUGAGAUUUUGAGAUACAUUUUCCUGCUCGCCUCUGACGAAGGGAGGACUUUGUGGCUAAUCAAGGUGUACAUUUGAGAGAAGAGGAAGACAGCAAAGCAAGUUUGAGAGAUCCGAGUUGAAAAUGACCAAAAUUGGUUUCGUACUCCUAGUCUCAAUCCUUCUGUUUUCUGGUGAGCUCUGUAAUUGCUCAUAUUCAUAUGGUCAGUUAAAGGACAACUAUUACAGCACAUCAUGCAAAGACGCGGAGUCAGUGAUGAAGAAGGUCAUUGACGCCGAGCUGGACAAGGAUCUUGCAGCUGCAGCUGGUCUUAUUCGCUUGGCUUACCACGAUUGCUUCGUUGAAGGCUGCGACGGCUCUAUACUACUCGAAGGAUCUGAUACUGAAAGAUCUGCCUUAAUAAACGCAAAUCUCAAAGGGUACGAGGUAAUCGACGCAGCGAAAGCAGCCGUGGAAGAAAUCUGCCCUGGUGUUGUAUCCUGCGCCGACAUCGUUCAGUAUGCAGCUCGUGAUGGGACCGUCAAGUUGAAUGGUUCGACAUGGGAGGUGCAAGGUGGUCGAAAGGACGGCCGCGUUUCCAACGCCGCCACAGCUGAAGCCAACUUACCAAAGCCCACCGACAGCGCGACGCAGCUCAUAAGCGCUUUUGUGAGGCGAGGACUAUCUACAAGGGAGAUGGUUGUACUUUCGGGAUCGCAUACCGUGGGAGUUGGACAUUGCGACAAGAUUGUAGGCCGACUCUACAAUUUCAAUUCCUCUUACUUCACGGAUCCCUCGAUCGACUCCACUUAUGCUGAGUCGCUGAAAACUCAAUGCCCCCAGAAUUCUGACGAAAAUACUGACACCCAGGUAUUCAUGGAUACCUUCACUCCCGGUGAAUUCGAUGCCAAGUACUUCAACACUCUUACGGAACGCAAGGGGCUGUUCACUUCAGACCAGACUCUUUUCGAGGAUGCUCGGACCAAGAGGUCUGUCACUUCUCUGAAAAGUGAAGGACGAUUUCAGAAAGAGUUCGGACAGGCCAUGCGCGCCAUGGGUGGUGUGGGAGUCAAAUCCGUCGGCGAGAUUCGCAAAACUUGUGGUGCAGUGAACUCCAAUGGAUUGAAGUAGCACUCCGACAUUGUCCUAUGACGUGUGCAGAUUAAUUUAUUACAUUUCCUCGCCAUUUUUUUUUUUGGGUUAAGUAGUCAGGCUACGUACAACAACAAAAUUUCGUUUAUGAAUAGAUUAUUAAUUUUCCAUCCCCAAUAAUAAGGUUGAUUUACUGCAGAUCUUCGAAAUAAUAUUGUGGGGAUGAAUUUAUCAUUAUAGAAACCCCCUUCAAAUCCAAUCGUUUUAUUCCGAGAGGAUAAUA